AGCGUCAUGAAACAGUACAGACCGUUACAUACACUUGACUAACAAGAGGAGAUGGAGGACUUGAAUGAUAAUAAUGCCGGCGUCAAAGAUUUCAUCUGUCAACCAAUGAAGAAUACGCAGAGACAAGGCGGAUUUAAAGCUACGUAUUUCAUCUUUGCAAUUAUGGUUUUGGAUAACAUAGGCUUUGUAGCCAACAUGGCUAGCCUGGUCUUGUAUUUCUUGUUGAUCAUGCACUUCGAUCUCUCUGGUUCAGCUACAACUACUACUAACUACUUGGGUACCACAUUCUUGCUCACACUUGUUGGAGGCUUCAUUUCAGAUACUUAUAUGAAUCGCCUCAAUACUUGUCUGCUCUUUGGUGUAGUUCAGUUGCUGGGGUACUUGUUGCUGAUUAUUCAAUCCCAUUAUUCUAAACUGCAACCUCAGCCAUGCGGGAAGACUAGCUGUGUGGACGGUACUAAAGCUCUUCUUUUCUAUGUUUCAAUAUGCUUGCUGGGACUUGGAGGAGGUGGAAUCAGAGGGUCGGUUCCAGCUUUAGGUGCUGAUCAGUUUGACUACAAGGAUCCCAAAGAACGCUUGCUUAUAGCCACUUUCUUCAACUGGUUUUUGCUAAGUAUAACAAUUGGAGCUACAAUUGGGGUCACUUUUGUAGUGUAUGUAAGCACAACAGUGGGAUGGGAUAUAGGUUUCAUAAUUUCCAUGUCUUGCUCUUUUGUUGGUCUUAUCUUUGCUGCAUUAGGAAAGUCAUUUUAUCGAGUCCGAGUGCCAGGAGAUAGUCCAUUGUUGAGGAUUCUAGAGGUCUUAGUGGUCAGUGUAAAGAACUGGCGGACACAAGUGCCUCAGAACUCGGAUGACUUAUAUGAGUCUGCUUCAAGGGGAGAGCUCAUCCCCCGCACCAAACAAUUCGGAUUCUUGGACAAAGCAGCCGUUCUCCCCAAGGGCUUGAUGCCAGGAAAAUGGAAAGUUUGCACAGUGACACAAGUUGAAGAAGUGAAGAUCCUAGCAAGGAUGAUGCCAAUCCUUCUAAGCACUACCCUCAUGAACACAUGCUUAGCACAGUUGCAAACCUUUUCUGUCCAACAAGGAACCAUUAUGAAUACAAGUCUUGGCAGUUUCCAAGUCCCUCCAGCCUCCAUUCCCGUGAUUCCUUUGGUGUUCAUGUCCCUUCUUAUACCUGUUUAUGAAUUUGGUUUUGUUCCUGUUUUGCGGAAAGUGACAGGCCACCCCAAUGGCAUAACACACCUGCAAAGGGUGGGAGUUGGGCUUAUCCUCUCAGCCAUUUCAAUGACUAUAGCUGGAAUUGUAGAGGUGAAGAGAAAGCAUGAAUUUGUCUACCACAAUCACCGUAUUAGCCUCUUUUGGCUUUCUAUUCAUUAUGCAAUCUUUGGAAUAGCUGACAUGUUCACACUUGUUGGACUAAUGGAGUUCUUUUAUAGUGAGGCUCCUGCUGGCAUGAGAUCUCUAUCCACUUCUUUUUCCUGGCUCUCUCUAUCUAUCGGUUACUACUUGAGCUCAGUUUUCGUUGGGGUUAUUAACUCGGUGACUAGUAAUUUUACAAAAAGCAAGAGAGGGUGGCUUCAAGGGCUUGACAUGAACAAAAACCAUGUGGAACUAUUCUACUGGUUCUUGGCAAUUCUAAGUGUUGUUAAUUUUGGAAAUUAUAUCUUUUGGGCUAAAUGGUACAAGUAUAAAAAAGAUAGUCCCGUUGAUCAAGAAAGACUGAUCAAAACAGGGCCUGGUCGCAUGGAUGAGUCUCUGUCAUUCUCUACUACAAGUGGUUUAAGCUUUGUGUCUAAGCAGCAAGAAGUUAAAGAAGCAAACCCAACUUAAACAAUAUGCAUGGACCUUGUACUACGAGUUAGGAUAAUUUAUAAGGCAUAAUUUAGAAAUUACCGGAUUAAUGAUGAGUUAGAAAUUUGGGACUAAAUUAAAGCAAGAUAUACUUGCGCAGUAAUCAUAUGAUGUGUGCAGAAUUUCUAGUAUGUGAAUCAAAGCAUCAACUUUACCCAAGAUUGUAAUGACUAUAUAUAUAUACCGAUCUCCCACUUUCUCAUUUCGCAUGUUUGACACAUAA